CUUGCUAUGCAAACAAAUCAUCUGUGUUUAGAGAACAUUAGUCUCAUAACACGGAACUGGCCAAUGGCAGGCACCAAUGGGGCAUUUCCUGAUAUCAAGAAGUGAGGUCUGCGCCUACACCAUAUUGUCCAGAGCGAGUCGAAUGGUUUAUCUUCUGUGCCGGUAAAUGAAAAGUGAGAUUGGAUUUUUACAAGAUGAGGUCUGGCUCCCUGUAGAUUGUGAUGGCGCCAGGCGACAUGGUGCCCGAGCAUGCCAAGCAGCAUAAGCUCAAGCAGGAGAAGGAGACCCGUCAGAGCACCACCACCACCACCAGGCCUGAUGGAGACUGUGAGCCUGACGGAUCUUUUGUCUUUGAGGCCCAUGAGGCAUGGAAGGACUUCCACAACUCCCUGAGACAGUUCUACGAAGUGGGGGAGCUCUGUGAUGUCACACUGAAGGUGGGCAGCAGGCUGAUACCGUGCCACAAGCUGGUUCUGGCCUGUGUCAUUCCAUACUUCAGGGCCAUGUUCCUGUCUGAGAUGUCCGAGGCCAAACAGGACCUGAUUGAGAUCAAGGACUUUGACGGAGACGCCAUCCACGACCUGGUGCGUUUCGCCUACUCCUCUCGGCUGACCCUGACAGUGGACAACGUGCAACCCCUCCUCUACGCGGCCUGUAUACUGCAGGUGGAGCUGGUCGCCAGGGCCUGCUGCGAGUACAUGAAGGCCCACUUCCACCCGUCCAACUGCCUGGCUGUCCGCACCUUCGCCGAGAGCCACAACCGCGUCGACCUGAUGGACAUGGCGGACCGCUACGCUUGCGAGCACUUCCGGGAAGUGGUGGACUGUGAGGACUUCCCGUGCGUGUCGCCUCCGCACCUGAGAACCCUGUUGUCCUCCAGCGACCUGAACAUCCACUCUGAGACCCAGGUGUACACCGCUGCUGUCAGGUGGCUGAAGAAUAACCCUCAACACCACGAGGCCUGGCUGCACCAGAUCAUGACUCAGGUGCGGCUCCCCCUGCUCCCAGUAGACUUCCUGACGGCCACGGUGGCCAAAGAGGAGGUGAUCAAAGGGAACCUGAGCUGCAGAGAUCUGCUGGAUGAGGCCAGGAACUAUCACCUGCACCUUAGCAACAAGGUUGUCCCCGACUUUGAGUAUUCUGUCAGAACAACACCAAGGAAACAGACUGCAGGUGUGUUGUUCUGUGUGGGUGGGCGGGGAGGUUCUGGUGACCCGUUCCGCAGCAUCGAGUGUUACUCCAUCAGCAAGAACAGCUGGUUCUUUGGACCUGAGAUGAACAGUAGGAGACGACAUGUCGGAGUCAUCUCUGUAGGAGGUAAAGUGUAUGCAGUAGGGGGCCAUGAUGGUAGUGAACACCUGGGCAACAUGGAGAUGUUUGAUCCUCUCACUAACAAAUGGAUGAUGAAGGCUUCCAUGAACACAAAGAGGAGGGGCAUAGCUCUGGCGGCUCUGGGAGGUCCUGUCUACGCCAUCGGGGGUCUAGAUGAUAACUCAUGCUUCAACGACGUGGAGAGAUACGACAUCGAGAGCGACCGCUGGACUGCCGUGGCGCCCAUGAACACACCCAGGGGAGGGGUGGGCUCUGUGGCUUUAGGGAAUCAUGUGUACGCUGUCGGGGGUAACGACGGAGUGGCCUCUCUGUCCAGCGUGGAGAGGUUUGACCCCCACCUCAACAAGUGGACGGAGGUCAGGGAGAUGGGCCAGAGACGAGCAGGGAACGGAGUCAGUGAGCUCAACGGGUGCCUCUAUGUUGUGGGUGGUUUUGAUGACAACUCCCCUCUGAGUUCUGUGGAGCGUUUCGACCCCCGUCUUAGCCGCUGGAACUACGUCUCUGAGCUGACCACGCCCCGGGGCGGAGUGGGCGUGGCCACGGUCAUGGGUCGCGUGUUCGCGGUCGGAGGUCACAACGGGAAUAUCUAUCUUAACACUGUGGAGGCCUUCGACCCCCGCAUGAACAGAUGGGAGCUGGUGGGGUCUGUCUCUCACUGUCGGGCCGGCGCAGGGGUGGCUGUCUGUUCCUCUCACAUCAGCCAGAUCAGGGACGUGGGCCAGGGCUCCAGCAACGUGGUCGACUGCAUGUGACGGCUGUAUCUGACCACAGGCUGACUGGAAAGACCGCACUAAGACCAGACCUGCACGGAACAAGCACCCAUCCCACGCACAGCCACAAGCACUCAACCGCACUGCACGGUCACUGACUAGGAGCAUUUGUCCUUCAGCAGUGGUUCCUUUUAGCACUGACUGUAAUGUAAUCAGUCUCACUAUGUAGGGCGGCGUGUACUGAUAUUAUUCAGCUGAAGACACUUCUCUGACUGAACCUUGUCAGUGGAGAGCUGAUUUUACAAACAAUACAUGUAUUUUCUCUUUUUGUGAUGUUUGCAGAUGCAAUUCAGUGAUGGUGUUUUUUUUGAAAAAGUUUAUCGUACUGGAUUUUCUUUUGCUUCUUGACUGCUGUGGCUUUGGUUCUUUAUCAAAGGAAAAUAGCUGACUGAUAGUUGAGCUUUAGAUGUCAUAUUAGACAGGCCUUGCAUAUCAACUUGUAUUUUUAAGAGCAACCAGUUAGUACCUAUGCUCGGUCAGACCUCACUUUCACAAUCAUCACUGUCUGAACUGAGAGAUCUUCCUAGGUUCCUAGCUUUCUGAACUGAGAGAUCUUCCUAGGUUCCUAGCAGUCUGAACUGAGAGAUCUUCCUAGGUUCCUAGCAGUCUGAACUGAGAGAUCUUCCUAGGUUCCUAGCAGUCUGAACUGAGAGAUCUUCCUAGGUUCCUAGCAGUCUGAACUGAGAGAUCUUCCUAGGUUCCUAGCAGUCUGAACUGAGAGAUCUUCCUAGGUUCCUAGCAGUCUAAGCUGAGAGAUCUUCCUAGGUUCCUAGCAGUCUGAACUGAGAGAUCUUCCUAGGUUCCUAGCAGUCUGAACUGAGAGAUCUUCCUAGGUUCCUAGCAGUCUAAGCUGAGAGAUCUUCCUAGGUUCCUAGCAGUCUAAGCUGAGAGAUCUUCCUAGGUUCCUAGCAGUCUAAGCUGAGAGAUGUUCCUAGCAGUCUAAGCUGAGAGAUGUUCCUAGCAGUCUAAGCUGAGAGAUCUUCCUAGGUUCAUAGCAGUCUAAGCUGAGAGAUCUUCCUAGGUUCCUAGCAGUCUAAGCUGAGAGAUGUUCCUAGCAGUCUGAACUGAGAGAUCUUCCUGGGUUCCUAGCAGUCUAAGCUGAGAGAUCUUCCUAGGUUCCUAGCAGUCUAAGCUGAGAGAUGUUCCUAGCAGUCUGAACUGAGAGAUCUUCCUGGGUUCCUAGCAGUCUAAGCUGAGAGAUCUUCCUGGGUUCCUAGCAGUCUAAGUUGAGAGAUCUUCCUAGGUUCCCAGCAGUCUCUCACAUAUAAAACGGUAUGAGAGAGAGUACUGUGAAGUUUGGACCGUAUCUAGAGGAUGGAAAGCUGUGAAGUAAAGACUCGGAUGAACAUAACAGUGUUUGGGAUAAAAAUCUGUUGACAUUCUAUUGACUCCAAAUUCCAAAUAAGCCACACAAAGGCAAUGUUUUUUUCCUUCUGUUUUAGGAUUUCAGGGCUUUCUGUCAAUUCCUUCUCCUGUAGGCUCCGUGAUGCUGAAACCGCUUUCGUGUUAGCAUUAGAUAGCUGUAGCCUGUAUUUGCGUUUGAACAAUCAUUCCUAUCAGACUGAUUUUGAGUCUGAUUGGGAUGUAUUUAAACUAUGGCGGUCUUUGGCAGAGUUUGACUAUCUUGUGAUGCAAUAAAAGAGGUUGAUGCAUGCCUUUUGUUACCAGACUGAACGUGUGAAGUUUUGAAAUGGCUGAGGGACUAGUGCUAACCCUCAGGACAGACAGUCUGGGGUCUUAGCAGAGUGCAAGCCCGACUCUCUGUGUCCUACUCAAAGAUAGCUGGGCUGUCAGUAAACAAGUGUGCUUUCAGAUGUGUGAAGAGAUGAAUCCUCUAUCUGCCAUAAUGGUUCAGAUAUAUUUUUUAUAUUUGGAGUUUUUAUGAAAUCAGUGCUGAUCUUUGGCGUUAUUCUUUAAUGUCUUGUCUUGGACUUGUUGCUGUGCACAAUCUUCCUGGAGUUGACAGGGGUUUCACUAUAUUUUGUCCUAUGGAAAUGUUUAUGCUAUUUUCAAAAUGUUUUGACAGUUGAGUGUCUGCUCUUUUUUGAGGCCUUGUGUUUGAAGAUUUUUCCUCAACCUUAUUUUCUUGUGACUCCUGGCCAAUUCAAGGCCUUUCAGGUGAUUUUGAUUGUAAGACUGCUGUUGGUCAACAGGUUGACCGAAGACUUUGAUUUAAAAAUACAAAUGUUUGACGAGAUGAUAUACACUUGAGAGUACUAAACAUUAGAAACACCUGCUGUUUCCAUGACAUAGACUGACCAGGUGAAUCCAGGUGAAAGCUAUGAUCCCUUAUU